CUCCCCUCCACCACCUCCCUCCCUUCGCACCUCUCGUCGCAUCGACCUGAAAGAGCACACGCAUCGCUACACGCUCUCUGCCGUCGCUCGCGGCACCUCGUGUGCGCGGCCUGCAUCCCUGCGGCGCUCGUGUUCCCGCCUCGCCUCGCCGCGCCGCGCCGCUCCGCUGGUCACACCUCUGCGCCCUCUCUGCCCGGCCUUCCUGCGAUGACGAGCGCCGGCCUCUCCACCACUGCCAUGGCCGCCGGCACGUCCGCAGACGGCCACGCCGCCGGUCGCGCCGCCGCAGCCGCGCCCGAGAAUGCCUGUCCGGGCGCUGCGUGGCACAGCGGCGCCGCCGCCGUGCUGCCGCACUUCCUGCCUGCGGCGCUCAGCGGCGCCUUCUGCCCCGACAUUGAGAUCGUCGCAUUUGAGCGUGUGUAUCCGCUGCAUCGCCUGCUUCUGGCGCAGGCGCCCUUCUUCCGCGAGCUCUUCACGGGCGGCUGGUCCGAGAAUGAGGCGGUGCGUGCGCGCGCUCCCGGCGCCAGCUCGGGCGCGGCGGGCGCAGGUGGGCCAAGACUGCCGCUGACGUUUGACGAUCCACACAUCGGGCGCGCGGCGUUCGAGUACUGCAUCGCCUCGCUCUACGGCGCCGAGCCGAGGCUCGUGCUGCCGCCGUGGGCACGACCCUCGGCAGAGCACCCGCUGACGCCCUGCUGGUCCGGCAAGGCUCAGCCGCGCUCGCUCGACUGCGAGGAGUGGGCGCUGCCGCUCGACUGCCACGCUGCCACGCCGCGCUUCUUGCUCAGCCUGCUCAGCACUGCACUGUAUCUCGGCAUUAUGUCGGUCAGCGCUCGCGCCAAUGCGCUGAUUCUCUCGAGCUUGGGCCCGUGGACCGUGUCCAUGUACUUGCGCUUUGCGCUCGGCGAAGGCAUCGAUGCACUGCCGGGCUUUGAGCCGGACGAGGAGCUGGACGGGCCAGUGUUGCUGCGUGACUCGACGGAGCUGGGCGCUCCCUGCGACGACCCUGACGACACGCCGGCCGACGAGUCGGAGGAUAUGGUCCUCUCGGAGCCCGUCACUCCUCGCUCUCCAACCGCUCCGCGCUCGGCCCACACCUCCAGCCCCGGACCCGGCCCGGGCACGUCUGCGGCUCGGCGCCUCAAGCCGCGCUUCCAGCACGGUCCCAUGUCUGUCAAGCUGGGCGAGGCAGCUGCCAGCUGGCUGAUGCGCUGGGGCGCCGAUGUCUUCGACGCCGAGGAGCGCGGCGCCUAUGCGUCGCCGGCAUUGCAGGCGCGCACUUCAUGGGCCACAGCGCCGCCGUUGGCCAUCUGGUCGCAUGCAAGCAUGGGCGGCAUCUCGGCGACGUGGGUGCGCGGCAUCAUUGCCUCCGACUCGCUGCACGUUGCCUCGGAGCUGGAGCGCUGGGAGCUGGCGCGCCGUGUCGUCGAUCUACGCCGUAGUCAGGCGCAACCGAGCGACGGCACGUCGGAGUACUCGCUUGCGCACGAGAGCGAUGGCGACUCAGGUCCGACGAUGGGCACACCACUCCAGCAAGGCGCACCACGUAGUCCGACGAUGCGGCAGCACGUCCGUGCCGCAUCGACCAGCGGCGACUCUGCGUGGGACGCAGCUGCGGAAGAAGCCGCCGAUGAGGCAGAGUACGCCGAGCUCUUCGCGUCGGGCAUCUACUACACGCACAUGCUCUUUGACGACCUGAGUGGCAUCUCGGCGCUCCACUCGCCGCACACGGGGCAGCCAUACACGACGAUGGAAGGUCUCCAGGCCGCGCUUUGGGCGCAAGAGAAGCUCAAGGACAAGGUGCUCAAGGGGAGUAGUCUGCAAGAAGCAAGUCGAGAAGACUCGGACGACGCCGAGGUGGAGAGCGAGCGCAGUGCGGCGCCGCGCAACACCGAGGUGGCAGUAGUGCUCGGGCUCAGCUCGACGUUGGCAGAGUUUGAGACUGCACAAGCACGCAUGCCGCCGCCUCCGACGUCGCGCUCCAGUCGUGCCGGCACGCCGAUGAGUUUCCGCAGCGCCGCCUCGGCGCGAGGACUCAGUUCCGAGCCUCAACUGCCGCCUCCCCUCGAGCUGGGCGGCUUUGCGGGAGGCCUCGGCAGUGGAGCCAGUCUCUUUACGAAGCGCUACUUUCCCGUGCCUCUCGACGACACGGUGCGCUUCGGCGACAGCCUGACGGCCUUGGCUCCUCCGCAUGCCGCGGCCUUCGUCGAGGUGGCCACAACUCGCGAGCGCAACUUCAUCGCGGACCCUCUCAUGCCCGUCGACGGCGCGCUGGGUAUGGCCGUGGCGCGUGAUCCGGGAGUGAUUGCGGUGCACUCGGCAGGAGCCAAGGAUCGCGAGGCGUUCGAGCACACCGCCAUCGUUGCCUCGCGCACGCCCGAGCACUUCUUCGGCUUUGCAAACAUGACGCACACCGGCGCCGUGCUGGCGGCUGAGUGCCGCACGCUGCGCGAACAGCUCGAGGCUGCCGCGGCCGCCAAGCCCGAGGAUGAGAGCAUAACGUCCGAGGCUGCGGCCGUCUCGUACGGGCCCGAGGAGAUCCAGCCUGAUCUCUCCACCUCGCCACUCGAACAGUCGCGCUGGUCGGCCUUUGAGCCCAUGCGUCUCUCCGUCGAGUUCUGGGGCGUCGAUGCGCUCGAACACUCGGCCGACCGCCUCUACUCACCCACGUUCUUCUACGCCGGCAGCCUGUGGAAUCUCUACGUGCAGACGGUCAAGAAGCAGCGCGGCCUGCAGCUGGGCAUCUAUCUGCAUCGACAGAGCCCAAAUGAGGAGCCGCCGAUGCCCAGUGCUCCGCCAGGCACGACGGGCACACUCUCGCGUCGAGGUCAUAUUCUGGCUUGGAGCGCGGCGGCGCCGCCCGAGGCGGAAGGGCAGGAGGAAGAGGCAGAUCUCUCGGGCGACGUUGCAGCCACGGCCGACGGCGCCAGCUUCCUGCCCACCAGCCACAGCGACGGCCCAGCCAGUGCUCCUGCCGCCGGCGCCACCUUCUCCGGUCCUUCCCGCAACACGCGCAGCAGCACGUCGCAGCCUGCCAGCAAGGCGUCCCUGACCAUCGGCGGCCUCUCGCCAACGUCGCGCCCCAUCAUGCCCUACGUCGACACGCGCGAGCGUCUGCGCGUCUACUUUUCCAUCCACUGUCCCUCGCCGCUCGGCAGCUUCCUGACGCGCUUCAGCAGCGCCCCGGACUCCUUUACGCUCUCGCAGAGCUGGGGCUGGAAGAGCUCGAGCCUGCUGGGAUGCAUGUAUCUGCCCGACGGCGAGCUGGUCGGCGUGCAGGCGCGGAACAAGCCGGAGACGGCGCCGAGAUUCCGAUGCUCGGUGACGCUGGGACUGGUGUAGAGAGGAAGAGCUGAGAGCAAUGUAUACCUAUCACACGUG